AUGUGUGGCUCUACGAGAGUGAAGGCCCCUGAUGUGCACACUAGAAUCAUGGCAUUUCAGCAAGGAAACUCAUCGUGGAAUACCACUGAUAUGGUGACCUUCUUCUUUGACGACGUGGACGUCUUUGGAAAUGACACGAAUAAAACAUACAACUCUGACAAUGAAUCCUUUGCUGAGACAAAAUCUAACUUUUCUGUAACGGAGCCCAACAAACCCCCGGUAUUUGUCUAUACAAUGACGGAUAUCUACAGACAAAUAUUGGGAAUGGUCACAGGUUUCAUCGGGAUGCCAAGCAGCGCGCUUCUACUGGCCGUGACGCUGACCAAGAGCUACAGGAGACUGUCCUUCUCGGUGUAUCUGAGCACCUCUUCUGUUUAUGACUUCCUCUUCCUCUUCCUGGUAUUAUACGACCACCUGAUCUUCACCACUAUUACAAUUUCCAUAUGGAUGAAUGUUUGCCUGGCCUGUGACCGCUUCAUCGUCAUUGCACUUCCCUUUCAGAAGGAAACAUAUUGCACGAGACGCAUCAGUUGCCUAGUCACCGCCACUGUUGUCAGCGUCAUCCACCUACUGGGCAUCGCAUAUGUCGUGUACCCAGGAGUCCAGUUCAUCUGGCUCAUCAACAGGUAA